CAAACUGGUUCAGGUCUUCUGAGUGGCAGGAACAGAUAUCUCUCAUACUUUCCUUGCAUUGGUUUUGUUUGUGCCGUAACACAAAUUCAGCUCUGAAUAGAAAAUAGAGGACUUUGCGUAGUAAAGAGACAUGGAGGCUGUUUUAGGACUGUUGGUGAUGUCAGCAGGAGUGUCUCAUGGCUUGGAAACUUCCUGUGAUGCUAGAGAAGAUGGAUCUCAGUGUUAUGGAGCUCUGGGAGGAACUGUCUAUCUCCAGCUGACUGAUACCAUGGCAUAUAGUCACUACUCAUUUUAUAAAGGCUCAACUGGUGCUAAAACAGAGAUGCUGAAAAUGAAGGCCACACUGGUAACAAGAGACACCCCCAUUAAAGACCGAGUACACUUCUUUAUAAACAAUGGGACAUUUAGGUUAAAUAACACACAAAGGAAUGAUUCUGGUGAAUACCUGCUCAUAAAAUAUGAUUCAGAAGGGAAAACAACAGGGACCAUAGGACUACAACUGUUCAUCGAAGCUCCAGUGUCCAGUCCUCAGCUGUCCUCUGAGUGUCUGUCUCAUGGAGAGAUGAAGGUGUCCUGCUCCUCUGAGGGGGAUGGUCCCCAGUACAGCUGGACUCUGGAUGGACAGACGCUGAACGACACUGAUGCCCCUCCUGAUAAUAAGACAAACACCAUCACUCUGAAGAAAGGCCUGUCAGGAGAUCUCACCUGUACCGUCAGAAACAACAUCAACCGUAAUACUGUCAGCAGGAGAAUCUCACACUGUCCAGGGCUGAUAUAUGUUAACUGCACCUUAUCCAACGGGACAAAGAUAUCAGAGUGGGUGAUUACCCUAUGUGUUGAGUCUACAACAGUGGCGACUGUGACUGAGGCCCCCACCAGUAAAACCUCCACUGGAUCCGGGUUCAAUGUGUUUGUUUAUUUCCAACUUGCUGAAGUCUUCCUUCUGCUGACAAUCUGUCUGGGAUCAUACUGGUUUUACAAGAAGAAAACCUGUCCUCAAGAACAAGAUGAUGGUGAGUAAGCAGAGUGUUUGCAGUCUCUCAGGAUGAUCACGGUGGGACUCUAAGAGGGGUGUUGAUGUCAUGAAAGUUGCCAUGGAGACCACGACUAAUGAUGAUGUUAUACUGCUUAUUGCUGUUUUACUCUUAAUCAAGCUCAAACUCAAAGCACAGUCACAUAUUUAGUUAUUUUGACAUACGUCUUCAUAGUUUCAUAAUGUUCCUUCAGACCUGCCCUUAACAAAGUAAUAAUGAAUGAUCUAUGCGAUGGUAUUUAUUUAAUGGAUUUUAACUCUUGAAUUGUAGUGUUUUAGCGGUUUUUCAUUUGUACAUACAGUUUUUUAUAAACUAAUGAAAAUGCUAUUGUGUUUUUGAAAAAUACAUUUUCUUUUGUAUUCGAAUGUGA